UAAGUUUGCUCUUCGGUUUAACCUUGUGGAUUAUUCUAUUCCUUAAAGUCAUUAUCUUUCAGAUUAUAUAUUGCUUCAGGUGGAUAUGCAUGUUCAGCAACUUGACCAAUGUAUGAAAAAAUCCGAGGAGAUCCGCAAAGAGAAAGAAGCUGCCGCUGCUGCAUUAGAACUUGAGAACAGCGAGAAAGCCGGGAAGGCUGGUGAAGGUGGAAGAGGAGGGCGAAAGAAGACAAGGCUAGCGACAGCUGCGUCGACAGCAGCAACAUCAACAGGUGUGACUUCAAGUAAUAUGGAUUUGGAUCUGCCUGUGGAUCCAAACGAACCAACUUACUGCGUCUGCAACCAAGUUAGCUAUGGCGAGAUGGUUGCUUGUGAUAACAAUGAGUGCAAGAUUGAGUGGUUCCAUUUCGGCUGCGUUGGUCUGAAAGAACAACCCAAGGGGAAAUGGUACUGCCCGGAUUGUGCUACAGUCAAGAAGAGCAGGAAAGGUCGAUGAUUUGAAUCUUCAUGUCUGCUAUAAUCCAAACAGCUUCAUAACUACUGUAAUCCAAACAGUUUAUAUAUCAACCCAUGUAAGAUGUUGCCAUGUCAACUUUGUAUUGUAGAAGUCGUUUUGUUCUUUGUUUGACAAAAUAAAUAACUGAGAUUGGGGUAA